AUGCCUGCGAGGUUGUUAAUUCUCCUUGUAUUCGUGCUUGGUACAGUUUAUGCCGAGCCAUACAAGUGCAGAGGUGUUUAUAAUCCAUCAGAUUAUAUUGAAAAAUUUCGAGUUCCAAACAAUUGCGAUAUUAUUAAGCAAUCAUACUGCCCAUCUUCCUGGAAGUCUGGAAUACCCGAAGGCAGCGAAACAUCGGCGCCAAUGAUUUACCAAAACUUUCUGAAUUGUCAUGAAGCUUUUACUUCCUGUGGAUACGUGCCGAUCGAUCCAAAAUCUGGUGAAGUCCUUGGGCACAGUGGUGUUACGAUUGGUCGUGGUGUUGAUCUUGGAAGCAAGUCGAGGGCGUCUUUCGUGUCAUUGUCAAGCACAUUGGUUGACAAACUUGAACCUUACUUUGGUUUGAAACGAAAUUUCGCUGCCUGUGCUACGAUUGAACGUCCCUUGGGACUAACGCUGGAGGAAGCAAACACUUUGACAAAUGCUGUUACAAACGAUGUGGUUGAGAAAGUUUCAAAAAAAUAUGACAGCGAUAAAGAUGAGAAUGCACUGGCGUUUGCAUCAGUUCCUCGCGGAAUUCGCACAGCCAUCGUCAGCGUUUGGUAUCAGUCUGGUUAUCCUCUGUCUUAUCCAAGGUUUUGGAAUUUUGUGACGAAAAACGAUUGGGACAAUGCGAUAAAAGAAUUGAGAAAUUUUUACGAGAAUGAGAACGAGCAGGCUAGAGGAGAUUUGAAAAGACGAAACGACGAAGCGGAUAUAAUUGAAGCGACUCUUGUGAAAUGCAACCGCUCUGUUGACGUUGUUUUCUUGAUAGAUGAAUCUUGGAGUGUUUCCCUCGCUAACUUUCAAGAAAGCCUCGAUUUUGUAAAGAACAUGACAAAAGCAUUUCCCGAUCAACAACUCAGCGGAAAAAAUGGCACCAGAUUCGGUUUGUCCACAUUCAGUACCAGCUACAGAUCACAUUUCUAUUUAUCAAACUACACAAAUCAGUCAGCCUACCUUUCCGCAAUUAGUCGAGUUUCGUACGCCGGUGGAUCUACCUAUCUUGGUGAAGCUCUUGAAGAAAUCUUAACUGAUCAAUUCACCGAAGAACGAGGUCUGCGUCCAGAAGUAGAUGGCGUACCUCGUGUUUUGAUUGUUCUAACGGACGGUCACGCGACCGACAAUAUUUCAAUUCCAGCAAAGAAUGUGAGAGAUGAAAACAUCGUUAUUUAUGCAAUUGGAAUCGCCAAGUAUAAACUCGGACAACUUCAAGACAUUGCUUCUUCAGAGUCACAUGUUUACACACUGUCUACUUUUACCCAACUUGAGAAAUUCAUUUCCACGCUAACUGCGUCAACAUGCUAUGAACCCCGUCCUGCGUCUCUCAACGAGACCAUUAUAACAGAUGUUGAAAAGGACACGUAUCAGUAUUUCAGUUACAAAGUAAAGGAAUCUUCAAACCUCGAGAUCAAUGUAGUCGAUUUAUCUGGUAGCACGCUUGUUUACGUCUCUCGCACUAAUCCUCACCCUUCCAAGUUCGACAAUGACAUUUCCUUCGACCUUUCACAACAAAAGACCAAAAUCCUUAUCAUUCCAGCUCGGCUCAUACCACGGAGAAAACGGUCAACCGACGACGACGACGAGCGAACACGACAAAUCUAUGUCUCGGUAACUUCCGACACUGAAUCAGCUCGGUUCAAGAUUGAAGCCAACGAAUGUAAUCCCUUGAACUGUACGGAGGGAACGAAUGAAAUCCCCACAACUCAACCUCCUACAACUCAGCUUCCUACAACGACUACUGCAACACUUUUUGUUACUGCUGCUGCUACCACUACAAUACCGAACUCUUCAGCUUGUGCUGUUAUCGCUACAAACUUCGUCGUGGUAUGUUUUGCGAUGUUGAUUUCUCUUCUUGAAAUAUAUGGCAUUUGAAUAUUGUUUGGUUUGUUUCUUAAGAUGCAAACAAGCAGGACUUUCCGUUAUUCCCAUAUUUCUUAGCUAUAUAAACAUUAUAUUAUUAAUGAUAAUUGCACGUAUAUAUGUUAUAACAUUAAGUAUUUCUUUAAGUCUAUUGCAUGUAGCAACAUUAUCCAGUAAAUGGACUAAAUUGCCAAAUAUAUAAUAUUUCUCAAGGGCAGAGCUGGUGAAUUAUAUAGGGGGUAGAGCUGGCCAAAAUAGUUAUAACGCCUCACAAAUACAGGUCCAGACAUUUUGCUUCUCCCCCAAAACCUCUCAGACAAGCAACGACCGGGCAACCGAUCGAGUUGACUUUGUGCUGAGGUAAUGAGAGUUUGUAAAUUAAUCGAUACAAAAAAUGGCUAUAAAUUUUUUUUAGUUAAGUUAUAUUAUAAAAGAAAUAGAAAACAUUUUAUCCUGUGUUUCCAUACAGAUAUAUAAGGCCUACUUAGGGGGCCAAGGUCGCCUAAUGUCGCCUAAUUUUGCCUAAUUUCGCAUAAUGUCGCCCAUGUGAGCCAAUUUUUGAACUUUUCCUAACAGUCUAUUUGCUUAAUGUCGCCCAAUUUCGCCUAAUGUCGCCCAGUUUCGCCCAACGACGCAUACUACUUUUCUUUGAAAAUUGCCAAUGUUGCCUAAUGUCGCAUAAUAUUUGAAAAUUGCCAAUGUUGCCUAAUGUCGCAUAAUAUUUGUAAUAAUGUCGCAAAACACUUGUGAUAGUUCGGGAGAACUCGAAAUCUAUUUCUCAUUUUCCAAAACUCUCACGCGUGUUUCUAUAACUGCUUAGAAUUGGCUCCAGUCAUUGCUGUUUAUACGCUUAUUGGACUCGGUCAAUAACAUUUUUGUUAAAAUUCUUCUCAGUCCGUGUGUCCAAUCACUAGAUUGUUGCGGUCAUGACGUAUUAUUUGCGUUCCUAAAAUGUUGCAAUAAUUGAUAGUAUGAUUUCGAGUACAGCUUAGAAGAAACAUGCACGAGUGGGGUUUUCAAAGUCAAAGACGAUCACACUGUAUAUAUUGCACGAGUCCGAAGGACGAGGUCUUUGAAGUCUUUGAAAAACUCAUGAUUCACUUUUUUUCAAAUGCACGAAAAAUCAUACCAUUACUUAUUAAUAAUAUCCAUGAAAACAUUUGCAUAAGCAAAUUCAAAGUUACUAUCAUGACACACAUGCAAAACAAAUGAUUUGCUGACUCAAAUAGCACAGCAAACUUAAUGCAACUUUUCUCAAAAUGGCUUUAGCCUAGGUACUUGCCACGUAUCUCUUUUGUCACACUGAAUUUCCACACCGCUCUUAUAGUCAAUUAAAUUUGAGUAAUUUUAUCACAAAAACAUCUUGAAAAUCAUUUCAAAAUUUAUACAAACCGUGCAUGUUAGACUUGUAAAUACGCUGAAUUUCGAAUUGCCACAAAGCUUGCGUGUGCUCGUAGGAUUAUUUUCGGAAUGGUUGCUUGCAUGCGUAAAUGAUUCUGAAAACGAGUGUAAUGUUCAAUACAUUGAAUUCAACAAUGUCUUCAUGAAUGAAAUUCCGAAUUAUUAUACAUGCGCAGUUACGUGUGCUGAUAAGGAGAAAUUCUACUGCUGACCAAUGGCUAUAUACGCAAAGUGUAGUGAUUGACGGUGUUAAAUCUAUCUCUAAAGACUUGCGCUGUGGAGUCCCACAAGGAUCAGUUCUCGGCCCUAUACUAUAUUUACUAUACACUUCACCCCUUGGUGAUAUCAUCAGAGGUCAUGAUCUUGAUUUUCACUUUUAUGCAGACGACUCGCAAUUAUAUCUCGCUUUUGAGUCAACCACUGAAGGAAAAGCGGGAGCACUGGUACAAAUCGAAAUGUGUGUAAAGGAGAUUGAUUUGUGGAUGGUCAAAAAUAAAUUAAAAUUGAAUGGGGCCAAGACUGAGUUACUAGUAAUCAAUGCACGAAAUCGUUUAUGCCCUGCUGUACACCAUAUAGAAAUAUCUAAGUCAAUAGUUCAACCAAGUACUUCAGCACGAAACAUCGGUGUAACCUUCGAUCAACACAUGUCCAUGGAUAAACAUAUUACCAACAUUUGCAAGAACUGUUUUUCCAUUUGAGAAAAAUAGCAAGAAUAAAAGAGUACUUAUCAAAAUCAGAUAUCCAAACCCUAGUUCAUGCCUUUAUUACAUCGAAACUAGAUAAUUGCAACUCUUUGCUAUACGGACUACCUAAAUUUCUUAUAGAUCGAUUACAGAAUGUGCAAAACUGUGCUGCUCGUCUGGUGACAGGAAGCAGAAAAUACGACCAUGUUACUCCGUUAAUGAAACAAUUACAUUGGCUCCCCAUCAGUCAACGCAUCAUCUAUAAAAUUGUUCUUAUCACGUAUAAAUCUCUGAAUGGCUCAGCUCCACAUUACAUUAAUAAUAUGCUAAAACCUUACACACCAUCAGCAAAUUUACGCUCCUCAUCCAAAGGAUUGCUUACCAUACCUUCAGUAAAACUAGUGAACUAUGGUGAACGAUCGUUCUCAUAUGCUGCACCGAAACUGUGGAACGAACUGCCAGAGUAUAUUAGAGAGAGUGAGACCUUGCCUAUUUUUAAAACCAGAUUAAAGACACAUCUUUUUAAACAGUAUUAUGACUAAGUUAUUAUUUUAACAAGAUUAUUAGCAAUUUUAUAGUAUUCUAUAUAGUUGUUGUUUUAAUAUUAUCAACAUACAUAACAUAAAGUAAUUUUAUAUUCUUAACGAGAAGAGCAUAUAAUUAUUUUUUAGUAAUUUUAUAGUAUAGUAAUUUUAGUAGUCAAUGCAUGCACUAUGUUCUAACACUUAGUAUAUAUUUUUAACACUUGAUGUUAAGCGCUAUUGAGCUAUGGGAAAUGGCGCUAUAUAAAUGAAUUAUAAUAAUAAUAAUAAUAAUAAUACGCUGGCCAGAACAAAUAUAUACAGCAUCUUUAAAGAUUAUCGUUAUUGAUGUUCCAUUUUCUCUCUUAUCCAACAAGGAAUUGCUAUACUCAAACUGCACUUGUUCCCAAUUGGUGAAUGAAUUUAUCAGACUCGGUUAUCUCAUCAUAGCAAUAAAUAAUUUGCAACGCUUCACUCCUGUUUGGCUGCUAAUACGUACCGUAGUCAUUACGAUUUUGUCAGUGAUUAAAAUGCCUGCGAGGUUUUUUAAUUAUUCUUGUACUCGUGCUUGGCACAGUUUAUGCCGAGCAAUACAAGUACAUAGGUGUUUAUAAUCCAUCAGAUUAUAUCGAAAAACUUCGAGUUCCAAACAAUUGUGAUAUUAUUAAGCAAUCAGACUGCCCAUCCUCUUGGAAGUCUGGAAUACCCGAAGGCAGCGAAACGUCUGAACUGUCAUGAAGGUUUUACUUCCUGUGGAUACGUCCCGAUCGAUCCAAAAUCUGGCGAAGUCCUUGGGCACAGUGGCGUUACGAUUGGUCGUGGUGUUGAUCUUGGAAACAAGUCGAGGGCGUCUUUCACGUCAUUGUCAACCACAUUAGUUAACAAACUUCAACCUUACUUUGGUUUGAAACGAAAUUUCGCUGCCUGUGCUACGAUUGAACGUCCCUUGAGACUAACGCUGGAUGAAGCAAACACUUUGACAGAUGCUGUUACAAACGAUGUGGUUAAGAAAGUUUCAAAGAGAUACGACAGCGAUAAAGAUGAGAAUGCGCUGGCGUUUGCAUCAGUUCCUCGUGGUAUUCGUACAGCCAUCGACAGUGUUUGGUAUCAGUUUGGUUAUCCUACGGCUUAUCCAAAGUUCUGGGGAUUUGUGAAGAAAAAUGAUUGGGACAAUGCGAUAAGAGAAUUAAGAAAUUUCUACAAGAAUCCGAACAAGCAGGCUAGAGGAAAUUUGAUCAGACGAAACAACGAAGCCGACAUAAUUGAAGCGACUCUUCUGAGAUGCAGCCGCUCUGUUGACGUUGUGUUCCUGCUGGAUAACUCUUACAGUGUUGGAAACACAAACUUUCAAAAAAGCCUCGAUUUUGUAAAGAACAUGACAAAAGCUUUUCCCGAUGAGAAACUCAGCGGAAAAGAUGGCAGCAGAUUCGGUUUGUCCACAUUCAGUUGCAGCUACAGAUCACAUUUCUAUUUAUCAAACUACACAAAUCAGUCAGCCUACCUUUCUGCAGUUAGUCGAGUUUCGUACUCCAGUGGAGGUACGAAACUUGGUCGAGCUCUACAACACAUUUUAAUCGAUCAAUUCACAGAAGAACACGGUCUGCGUCCAGAAGUAGAUGGCGUACCUCGUGUUUUGAUUGUUCUAACGGACGGUAAAUCGCACGAUGUUGUUUCGAUCCCAGCAAGGAAUGUAAGAGAUGGCAAUUGGAAUCGGCGAGUAUAA